CGUCAGGGGAUCGCCCGCCCGUCGUGGGCUCCCGCCCGAGACUUCCUUCAGGAACGGCGCUUUCGCCUAGGACGUCCUCGAACAUUCACGCUCUUAUCUUCCUGCUCCUCCUCCCUCUCCCCCCUCCCUCCUCCCUUCUCUCCUCCGUAGCAAUUUUGGCUCCAAGUUCCGGCCCAGGUGGAGACUUCCCACGGGGGGGCUAGGGGCCCAUACGCGCCGUCCCGACCGCCCCCUUCUCCCGGGACAGCCGCGCGCCGCGAGAUGUUUCCGGCCAGCGCCACGGCGACUGGCCGAGACCGCCCCUGCGCGCUGCCAUGCGCAGGCUCGGCUUCGCGGCCCGAGUCGGCCGCCGACCUUGCAUGCGCGACGUGGUGGCUAGCCUCGCUCGCGCAGUCGCUGCUGCCGAUGCCCAAGCUCGUCCUCGCGCUCAGCCUGAAGUUCAACCGGACGUCCAGAUCGAGGACAUGCCGCCGAUUGUGGACCUGAUCGCUGCGGCCGCUGGCGUGGCCCCUGGCGCCCCCUGCCCUGCUGUACCCAGAAGCAACCUGCGCCCCGCCGCGUUCCUCGGCGAGCGCUUCGUGCCCGCUGCCGCAGCUACCGUUGCUGCCGCCACCACCUGCACAUGAUGCUCCCGGGCUGCCGCCGCUCUGUCUGCGGCCGCCACCCGCACAUGACGUUCGAGAGGGUCAGCGUGUUCUGCC